UGAUGACAUCGGACCUCGUUCGGUCGCGUUGUCGCACGAUGCUCAUCGCAUCUCAGUCUAAUUUUUGCAUCCCUAAGGCCCAGAAGAUCAAUGCAAUCUUCGAGAAGCCAAGAGGGCCUAUCGUCAUCAAAGAGGCACCUAUGGUUCAACAGAGCCAGCUUGAGCACUCGUUAUUUAAAGUAUUGUUCGACCCACUAUCCUGAAUUUAAUCCUGACUACCUACAUGAGCAGCCUAAUCAGCCAAAAAGGCCAGCCCUUUUGCAGUUACCGCAAUGUCCACCUCUAACUCAUACUCCAUUUUCACACUCUCAUCAUUCUAACGUUCGUCUUAAUGACAUUUGUACAUACUCUCGCAAGCCUUUCCACCUUCACCGCGAUGCUACUCCAAUUGCGCAAUCUCAUUUCCAUUCAAUAUCGCAGCACUAUCUUGAUCUAUGGACAGGAGAAAUGUUUGGUCAAGGGGACGUGGACGAAGCUGCAUCAGACUCAUUAAGUGCAGAGUUAACCAUCCACAAGCAGGACUGGGGCCUGAACAGAACAUUUCGAACCUAGCGCCGUUACGAGGGAAGUCAUCAUGCCUGACUUAGGGAAUGCCAGGUACCACCGAUGAAUACUCCGCCGAACUGUGAGUGAGCUAACCUAUGCGGGCCAACGCCGUCAC